CACAGGAGGCGGGGCUCCUCUGCUGUCCACAGAGCGGAGCCUGGUUCUCUCAGCCCGGGUCUGGACACAGCAGCCUCCUCGGGUGUCCACAAUGCCUAUCCCUGCCUCCCGGCCCCACCCUUCUCCUUGCCUGCUGCUGACUCUACUGCUGGGACUCACAGGAGCAGCAGGUGAAGAGGAGCUGCAGGUGUUUCAGCCUGACAGUUCAGUGUCAGUGGCAGCAGGACAGACGGCCACUCUGAACUGCACCCUAACCUCUGUGCUCCCCGUGGGGCCCAGCAAGUGGUUCCGGGGGGCUGGACCAGGCCGCCAGUUAAUCUACAGUUUCAAGGGCGGAGAAGGCCCCUUCCCCCGAGUAACAAAAGCUUCAGAUGCUACAAAGAGGAUCAACACGGACUUCUCCAUCCGCAUCAGUAACAUCAGCCCUGAGGACACCGGCGUCUACUACUGUGUGAAGUUCCAGAAAGGGACCCCUGAUGUGGAGAUUAAGUCAGGCCCAGGCACUCGGGUCACCGUGAGCGCCAAACCCUCUCCCCCCGUGGUCUUGGGCCCCACGGAUAGGGCCACACCUGAGCAGACAGUGAGCUUCACCUGCCAGUCCCACGGCUUCUCCCCCAGAAGCAUCACCCUGAAAUGGUUCAAAAAUGGGAAGGAGCUGUCAGCCUCCCAGACCAACGUGGACCCCGAGAGAAACAGCGCCUCCUACCGCAUCUCCAGCACAGCUGAGGUGGUGCUGGCCCCGGGGGAUGUUCGCUCCCAGGUCAUCUGUGAGGUGGCCCACGUCACCCUGCAGGGGGGCCCCCCUCUUCGUGGGACCACCAACUUGUCAGAGACCCUCCGAGUUCCGCCCCGUUUGGAGGUUUCCCAAAGCCCCGUGGCAGGGAACCAGGUGAACGUCACCUGCCAAGUGAAGAACUUCUACCCCCGGCGCCUGCAGCUGAGCUGGUUGGAGAACGGAAACGUGUCCCGAACAGAAACGACCUCAAACCCCACAGAGAACAAGGAUGGGACCUUUAACUGGACAAGCUGGCUGCUGGUGAACGUCACUGCCCACAGGGAGGACGUGGUGCUCACCUGCCAGGUGGAGCAUGACGGGCAGCCGGCGGUCCCCAGAACCCACACCGUGCACGUCUCUGCCCACAGGCAGGACAAGGAUACAGGCCAGAUCCCUGGCCCAGAGCCACCUCCUCGGCUCCUGGUGGCUCUCCUCCUCGGCCACAAGGUGCUGAUGAUGGUUGGGGUCUCUGCCAUCUAUGUGCACAAGAUGAGGAGGGCCUGACUGCCUUCCUUCCCCACCUGCUGCCUGCUGCCCUCCAUGCCUGCUGCCCCCUUCCUGCCCUGAGGGGCCCAGCCAAAGACAAGGAGCAGACAGAAGCCUCCACAGAUUCUCCUCCCAGUGCCACCCACCUGGAAGCCCUGCCUGCCCGCAGCUCCUGCUCCUUCUCAGAGACCCCAGUGUUCCCAGGGCUGGGGCCCCAUUCCCGCUCCUCUCAGAAACACAUACACACAGAAUCCGAAGAUACCAGCUCCUCAUCAUCCCACACUCAGGACUUCAGUGUGAUGGGUGGGGACAGUGAGGACCAGGAAGGGGCAGUGCUGCUACGCGUUCAGGCCCUUCACCCGUUGUCGUGGGCGUGGGAGCUGGGGGAGGGGAAAGCUAUGCUGUGCCCACAGCUGUAGCAUUGGGUACAGCAAGCUCGCCCUGAAUUGUGGUUUUGAUUCAAUAAUAAAUAUGACUUUUUCACAUCGCUUUGGUUGUCCUUUAGAGAUAUUAUGUAGCUGAGGUGCAGUAACAUUGGUGAGGUGAGAACUCCUGAGGGAUAUUUGAGCUGGGAGCUGGGAAACGGAGUCCUGUGUCCCCGGCGGCACCGUCUGGAGCAGAGUUAGUCCUGCUGAGCUGGCGUGGGGGUCAGGGUGCGUGUCGUCACCCAAAUGCCACACACACUCACUUUUCUGUCCUACCUUUAGUAAAUUGUCUCCCAUCAAUGUUUUUUCAGUUACUAUGUAUCUUGAGAACCAUUUCUGGAGACUUUAGGGAAUUUUAAAAAUAAACAUUCAAUAAA